CCGGUGUGUUUACAGUCAUGGUAGAAGCUGUAAUGAAACUCUACAUUUAUAAAGACAUUAAAAGCAGUCAGACAUGUUUAUUCUGUAAUAGUGCAGAUCAUUAUUGACAGCGGAAAAAGAUGAGGAAUUGUUUUUAAAAUAAUAUAACGUUUAGAAGGCUCGUGUGUGCUUUAAAAUGAUCAGCCAAAUUUUUAUGUUGUCGUCAAAGGGAGAUCACCUCAUAUAUAAAGACUUCCGAGGAGAGGCCAGUAAAGACUCCAUUAAUGUCUUUUAUGAGAUGGUCACAGCUCUAAGUGGUGAUCAGCCUCCGGUAGUCAUGACACACAAAGACCUUCAUUUCAUCCAUGUAAGGCAGGGUGGACUUUAUUUUGUGGCGUCCACCAAGACAAACCCAUCCCCAUUUACCAUAAUCGAGUUCCUUAACAGAUUAGCAGCUCUCACAAAGGACUACUGCGGCAGUCUGUCAGAGAAAUCAGUGCGGAUGAAUUUUGCACUCAUUUAUGAGCUGCUGGAUGAGAUGGUGGACUUUGGCUACAUACAGACGACCUCAACAGACAUGCUUAAAAAUUUCAUCCAGACAGAGGCUGUAACAUCCAAACCCUUCAGUCUUUUUGACCUCAGUAAUGUUGGCCUGUUUGGUUCAGAGACCCAGCAAAAUAAAGUGGCCCCUAGUGUUGCAGCCAGUCGUCCUAUAAUGUCCAGUAGAGGAGAGCAAGGCGGAAAGAAUGAGAUCUUUGUGGAUGUUAUAGAAAGACUGUCUGUGGUUAUGGGCUCCAAAGGUGUUCUAAUGAAAGCAGAUAUUCAGGGAGAGAUUAGAAUAAAAUGCUUUCUCCCAUCCUGUUCAGAAAUGCGGAUUGGGCUGAACGAGGAGCUCAAUAUUGGAAAGUCCCAGCUAAAAGGCUACAAUACUGCUGUGUGUGUAGAUGAAUGCAGAUUCCACCAGGCUGUUAAUCUGGAUGAAUUUGAUACUUUCAGAAUACUAAAAGUUUGUCCGAGCCAAGGAGAGCAAACGGUGAUGCAGUAUCAGUUAUGUGAUGAGCUGCCGUGCCCACCACCAUUUCAGUUAUUCCCUUCUGUAGAAAAAGAUUAUGUGAACAGGGUUUUGAUCUUCCUUAAACUUAGAUGUGAUCUUCCACCGAAAAGUACGGCCCUGAAUGUCUCCGUCACUGUACCUGUGCCAAAAGGUGCUAUAAGUAUGUCUCAGGAACUCAGUAGUCCCGACCAGACGGCUGAACUGCAGCCUAAGAACAAAGCCCUUCUGUGGGAGAUCCCACGUUUUCCAGGAGGAGCACAACUAUCAGCACUGUUUAAGGUGGAUGUUCCAGGUUUAAGCUCCGCCUCUUUGCUCGAGGUCGGCCCUGUCAGUAUGUCCUUCGAACUUCCCAAACAAACAUGCACCGGCCUUCAGAUCCGCUUCCUCAGACUCUCUCCAACUCAGACAGGACUGUCACAACGAUGGGUUCGAUACGUCACUCAUUCUGAUUCCUACACCAUACGUAUCUGACCCAUGGAACGAGCAAUUAGUAUAAAACACUACAUCACUGGUUGAUGAUGUCACGAACUGCUGUUCAGAUUUAAAAAAUGGAAAUUCAUUUUAGUCUAAACAUACAGAAAAAUAUUCACUUUUUUUGCCUUUUAAUUUAAAAGGAUGAUUACUGGUGUACUUGCUUUGUGCUUGAUGUAUUGCGUUCAGUAUAUUUGUUCAAUAAAGUAUUAUCAAGUUUUA